UGUGAACUGCACACAUUUCCGUUUGUUUCAUGUCGCGAUGGAGGGAGAUACAGUUGAAGGUACUCAGCUUCAUUACGGGGAUUUUAUUGUCAUCGCUGGAUAUUUUGCUUUUGUCUUGUUUAUAGGAUUAUGGACAUCUCGGCAAAAUCGGGGCAGUGCAGGAGGCUAUUUUCUGGCAGGAAGAAAUAUGCACUGGAUACCAGUUGGAGCCUCCCUAUUUGCCAGUAACAUAGGAAGUAUCCACUUUGUGGGGUUAGCAGGAUCUGGAGCCGCUUCAGGAAUUGCUAUUGGCCUGUAUGAACUCAAUGCUCUUUACAUCCUUAUGUUAUUGGGGUACAUUUUUCUACCUGUGUAUAUUGCAUCAGGUGUUUACACGAUGCCUGAGUAUCUGAAGUGUCGGUUUGGAGGGCAGAGAAUCCAGAUCUAUAUGGCUGUCUUAGCUCUCCUUGUGUACAUCUUUACUAAAAUCUCAGCAGACUUGUAUGCGGGGGCAUUAUUUAUAGAGCAGUCUAUGCAUUGGAAUUUGUACUGGUCCAUUCUAUUACUGCUGAGUAUUGCAACCAUUUUUACAAUUACUGGUGGACUGACUGCGGUUAUAUGGACGGACUUUAUACAGACUAUAAUCAUGAUAAUUGGAGCACUGGUGCUAAUGGGCUUGAGCUUUGGAGAAGUUGGUGGGUUAAAUGGAAUAGUAGAAAAAUAUCCUCAUGCCAUUGCAAACACAACAAAAUAUUCCAACACAACCUGUGGAAUGCCUAGAGACGAUUACAUGCAUCUGUUCCGUGACCCCGUGACAGGAGACUUGCCAUGGCCUGGAAUUGUGGGAAUGUCCAUAAACUCGAUCUGGUACUGGUGUUCUGAUCAGGUGAUUGUCCAGAGAGCACUUGCUGGCAAGACCUUUGACCAUGCUAAGGCAGGAACGGUGCUGUGUGCCUUCAUCAAAAUACUCCCCCUCUUCUUACUGGUAUUCCCAGGAAUGGUCUCAAGGAUAUUGUUCCCAGACACAGUGGGCUGUGCUGACCCUGAAGUCUGUAUGUCUGUCUGUGGGAGUGAGACGGGAUGUAGUAAUAUUGCGUACCCCACCCUCGUCAUUAACUUAAUGCCAGCAGGUGCACGAGGGAUGAUGCUGGCAGUGAUGAUGGCUGCCCUCAUGUCUUCUCUGACCUCCAUCUUUAACAGCAGUAGUACAAUCUUCGCUAUGGACAUCUGGACCAGGAUCAGGAAGCAGGCCUCUGAGUUAGAGAUCAUGAUUGUAGGAAGGCUGUUUGUACUGGUAUUGGUGGUUAUAAGUAUUGUCUGGAUCCCCGUAAUCCGGGCCUCUCAAGGGAGUGAACUCUUCGUCUACAUCCAGGAAGUGUCCAGCUUUAUGCAGCCUCCUAUCUGCUGUAUCUUCUUGUUAGGAUUGUUCUGGGAAAGACUGAAUGAAGCGGGUGCUUUCUAUGGUUUGGUGAUAGGGAUGGUGAUAGGACUGGUCCGGUUUAUCGUGGAGUACUCCUACUCCGUGCCUAACUGUGUGGACAACCUCCCUGACCCCCGACCUUCCAUCGUCAAGGACUUCCACUACCUUUACUUCUCCUCCUUCCUGUUUGUUGUCACAGGACUGGUGGCCAUUGGAGUCAGCCUCCUGACUAAACCCAUCGACAAAAGAUGUCUUCAAAGGUUGACUUGGUGGACGAGACACAGUGAGGACCCCCGACUGGACGUAGACGAGUGGUUAGCUGGACAGUCUAAAAAUAGUGAUGAUGACAGCUCAUCUGAAGCAUCCAGUACAGAGAAAGAAAAGGGAGGCAUAGAAAUGGAGAGUAUCACGCUCAGGAAUGGAAAAGCUGAGGAGGCAGGAUUCUCAGAAAAAACAGCUAACAAGGAUGGGGAGUGUAACCAAGGAGAUAGUCUGAUGAAGACGGUGUCACUGAGCACUGAUCCAGAGGUCCAGGUAGAGGAGGGACCAGUGAGGGUAGCCCUGCCUCGGCGUGUGAUCUACUGGUGCUGUGGUAUAGAGGAGGAUAAUAAAACAGAACUGGCCAGUCACACGGUCCAGAGGAACGAAAUACUGUCCAUCAAAGAACACCCAGUCUGGUCCAAAGUCAGCAAUGUUUUUGCCGUCAUAGCCAUGAUAGCAGCUGUGUUCCUUUUUGCUUUUUUCGCUUGAGGAUCCAGAUAGGAAGUGAGAGUCAAGCUUGCUACCAGAAGGCAAACUGUGAUCAGCUGUAUGCAUGUUACUUUGAAUAAUUAUAAAAGCUUUGAAAGCAUCAACGGCCAUUUAAUUUGCCCGGUACAGAUGCAUAAAAAUUAAUUUUUUACUACACUAUACUGUCAAACAGUUUUGUUACUUUUAACAAGUACAACUUAUUACUGUAAAACAUGCUUAUAAAGAAGUGCCAUAGACAGAUGAUUUGGGCUUGUUAUAAACAUAAUUUGUAUAUAUCGAUCACUUUUGCUAUAAGCAUGUUUUACAUGUAUUAUGAAGGGAGAAAAGAAGCAGCUUUUUGAUGAGCUUUGAUCAAUCCUGUUCACAUUUUUUGUCCACUUUAUCCAGAUAUUUCAAUCAAAGUUUUAUACCUCAUAUUGUGGUAUGCUGAUUUCAGCCAUUCCUCAAGUUUUAUCAGUUUUUGGUGUGACACAAUGUAAUUUAUGAUUAUUUUGAUAUUUUUCCACCAUUUAGACAAAAUUUUAAUAUGUGUAUCUAUCAUGAAUAAAUGCAUGUAGAAUAUUAAACAUUGUUAGUACUAAGGUUAUAUAUUUUAAUGAAUUCUAUUGGGAACAAGGUAUACCAUUGAUAACGAAACAUAUCACUAAAGGAUGUAUACCGGUAAUUUAUAGGAAAGAUGUGUCAAACAAUCCAAGAUUUCUUCAUUGAUGUUUGGUUUAAUUUCAUAUUGUCAAAUGAUGAUAUAUUUGAUUAUAUUAUAACCUGAAUGAUUUUGCAUAUGCAUGCCAGUUAGCAUCUGCAUAUCGUUGCCAGACUAGAGAAAUCUAAUUUAUUUUGGUAUGAAGAGAAACAAGAGCGUUAAAUGAGAAAAAAAAAUCAAUCAAUGCAAUUAUGUGUUUGUACAAUGUACCCGGUUAGAAAAUGGAGUUAUAAAUGUUGAUCUUUGUAUAGUUAUAUUGAUGUCGAAUUGUCAAAUACACGUACAGUACAUUUUAAAAAUUUAUGUCAACACUUUUUUUUACAUUUUCUUUGAUUAUGAAUUUUUUCGUUGGGUUUUAGUCAAUUUGCAACCUGGCUACUUCAAGUAACUUGAAUCCAGUGAACCUGCCAUGGCAAUGCACCUCAUUAAUUCUGUAUAAAAGAAAUAUUUGAAUCCUUUUAAAUGAUCUUUCUCAAAUUUAAUUUUAUUAGAGAAUCCAGGUUAUCACUUCUCUCAUGCAAUAAAUGAAAAUGUUUUUAUUUGUAUAGAAUUUAUUGUUAGAAUCAUGUACCCGGUAGUUAACGUGAAGUUUACAGAUUAUAUUUUAAAUAAUAUUACUAUUCAUACAUAAUCAUUAAUAAUAUACCGGUAAUGAAAUAUGUUUAUAAAUGCAUUUAAAUUAUAGAACUGUUAUUUUUAGUGAUUUCUUUACUCUCUGUUGGAUCCCAGUUUUUUUCUUACUUUUCAAAGCAUGGUGAUAAUUUACCAAUAUGUGUUACAUAUAGUUCUAGCAAACAAAAAUUUGAAAGAAAUUACAGUACAACUUCUCUAAUCUGAAUGUUGUGUAUUCCAAAAUCUUACCUCAUAUGGUGUAUUUUAAGUUCCUUUUAGUAAGUUCAAUUUUACUGUAUAUAAUUAUGUAGGGUACACUACCAUAAAUUUAUAUUGUGAGCACCUCCCAUAUUCUGAAUGUAUUUUUUUGAAAAUAAUCCAAGAAACAUGCAUCAUAUCAGCUAAUCUGUGUGAUGAAAAAAAAUCCUAUGUGCCCUUUUAGUUUACAGAUAGCAAUGAUGAUACUUAAUUAUGAUAAUUUUUAACAUAGUUCUUUUAUUUAGAUGUAUGCUUUGCAGAAUUAUGAUCUUAAUGCUUUUUAGUGCGUAUUUGAUAAUUCAGGCAACAUUGACAUGAGAUAUGUCUAUACCUUAUCUGGUAUGCAUGACAUGACAAUGUGUGCUUCUUUAUAUCCAGUGAAAUAAAAUCACUUUUGUUCAA